UCUCAGCAGAUACUCUCUCUCUCUCUUCCCCCUCUCCCCCCUCCUCUUAAAUUAGCGAAAGGAAAGAAGCAGAGCCUUUACUUCUCUUCCUGUCUCUUAUCAAUGGCGUCUCUGAGAUAUUCUUUUCUAAUUAUCUGGUUUUCAUUCUUGGCUCUAAUAAUCUCACCAGGAUAUUCAGAGACCUGCACCUCCCAAAAAUUCACAAACAACAACCUCUACAGUCACUGCCUGGACCUCCCGGUCCUCGCUUCCUACCUCCAUUUCUCCUAUGAUUCGUCGAAUACUACUCUCUCCAUCGCUUUCAUUGCUACUCCAGCCAAAUCCGACGGCUGGAUAGCAUGGGCCAUCAAUCCGACCGGCACCGGCAUGGCCGGGUCUCAGACGCUCGUUGCCUACAAGGACUCGAACGGUUCCAUGGUGUUGAAGACCUAUGAUAUCGCGUCGUACAGUUCAAUUGUGCCGAAGAAGCUUGCCUUCGAUGUUUGGGACACGAGCGCCGAGUCUUCGGGCGGGGUUAUACGGAUAUUCGCGAAGAUCAAGGUGCCGAGCGAUCUGGCGGCGUCCGGGAAGGUGAACCAGGUAUGGCAGGUUGGACCCGGUGUGGGGUCGGGUGGGAUGUUGCAGAAGCAUGAUUUCGCCUCGGCUAACUUGAAUUCCAAGGCCACGCUUGAUUUGUUGAGUGGGGAGGGUUCCAGUGCGACGGACCCCAGGCUCAAAAAGAAGAAUAUUCAUGGAAUUCUGAAUGCUGUCAGCUGGGGAAUUUUGUUUCCGCUCGGAGCAAUCAUAGCAAGGUAUAUGAGAACUUUCGAGUCAGCAGAUCCAGCAUGGUUUUAUCUCCAUGUUUUCUGCCAGAUCUCUGCAUAUGCUAUCGGGGUUGCCGGUUGGGCGACUGGUCUAAAGCUCGGAAGUGAGUCCCAGGGGAUUACAUACACCAUUCACCGGAAUAUUGGAAUUGCACUCUUCAGCCUUGCAACUGUGCAGAUUUUUGCGCUGUUCCUAAGACCAAAGAAGGACCACAAGUAUCGAUUUUACUGGAAUAUCUACCACCACAGUAUUGGAUACUCCAUUCUUGUCCUGGGUAUCUACAAUGUGUUUAGAGGUCUAAACAUGUUGAACCCGGAAGACAAGUGGAAAACGGCCUACUUUCUUGUGAUCGUUGUUUUGGGCGGGAUUGCUGUAUUGCUGGAGGCAAUCACUUGGAUUGUAGUCCUUAGGAGGAAGUCCAGUAAACCUACUUAAUCCUGGAAACCGCAACUAUUUAGACAGACAACGGAGGCUGCUUGAUUCGUCAGAGUGAUAUAUAUUUGUAAUAUACAACCCUCUUCUCUCAUAUGAGGUCUUCAUAGGCUUAUUCAUCGAACACAUUGGAAUUCUCAGUACACACAGAUUGGUUGUAUUUAUUAUUUCAGUUGUAGUAUGCAUAUGUUAUUACAUCUCUCACCUUUUGCAUCUGUCUAUUAAAGAUUUGUAGUUUACUGAAAAGAUUGCUUUCGGUUGUCAAUGUUUCGAUGAAAUGUCUCGUAUUUAAGAUUUUUAGGGUAGCUUUCGAUAUUA